CCUGCGGCCGGCAGCCUGCACCACCCGCACACGGACGCUCAGAGCCACCUCCUCUUCCCGGGCAUCCACGACCAGCACGGUCCCCACGCCUCCCAAAACGUCCUCAACGGGCAGAUGCGUCUGGGCUUGCCGGGGGAGGUGUUCGCCCGGUCGGAUCAGUACCGCCAGGUCUCCAGCCCCAGGACUGACCCUUACUCGGCGGCUCAGCUGCACAACCAGUACGGCCCCAUGAAUAUGAAUAUGGGCAUGAACAUGGCAGCCCACCACCACCACCACCCAGGUGCCUUUUUCCGCUACAUGCGGCAGCAGUGCAUCAAGCAAGAGCUCAUCUGCAAGUGGAUCGACCCCGAGCAGCUGAACAAUCCCAAAAAAAGUUGCAAUAGCACCAUGCACGAGUUGGUCACCCACGUCUCGGUGGAGCACGUUGGGGGACCCGAGCAGAGCAACCAUGUCUGCUACUGGGAGGAGUGUCCCCGGGAAGGCAAGCCCUUCAAAGCGAAAUACAAACUGGUCAAUCAUAUCCGAGUGCACACAGGAGAGAAACCCUUCCCCUGCCCCUUCCCCGGCUGUGGAAAAGUUUUCGCCAGAUCAGAAAACCUCAAAAUUCACAAAAGGACGCACACAG